CCAAUGAGCCACCCAUGGAGUGGCGACGACACGAAUGUGGACGGAGCGGUCACAAAGAGGCCUCGGCGGGAGGAGACUCACAUCUGUGAGAAAUGCUGUGCCGAGUUCUUCAGUUUCUCGGAGUUCUUAGACCACAAGAAAAAUUGCACUAAAAAUCCACCUGUCCUCAUCAUGAACGACAGCGAGGGGCCGAUGCCUUCAGAAGACUUCUCCGGGGCUGUGCUGAGCCACCAGCCACACAGUCCCAGCAGGAAGGACGGUCACAGGGAGGAUGGUGGCAGCUCAGGGGACACGAAGGAGAAGCCGGGGGCAGAGCCAGUUGUGUACUUGAAGACGGAGGCCGCCCUGCCCCCCGCACCCCAGGACAUAAGCUAUUUACCCAAAGGCAAAGUGGCUAACACCAACGUCACUCUGCAGGCGCUGCGGGGCACCAAGGUGGCCGUGAACCAGCGGAGCGCAGACGUGCCGCCCGCCCCCCUGCCCGGCGCCAACAGCAUCCCCUGGGUGCUCGAGCAGAUCUUGUGCCUGCAGCAGCAGCAGCUCCAGCAGAUCCAGCUGACGGAGCAGAUCCGCGUUCAGGUGAACAUGUGGGCCUCCCACGCCCUCCACUCCGGCGUGGCGGGGGCCGACACCCUGAAGACGCUGGGCAGCCACGUGUCCCAGCAGGUUUCGGCGGCCGUGGCUUUGCUCAGCCAGAAAGCGGGAAGCCAAGGUCUGCCUCUGGACACCUUGAAACCAGCCAAGCUACCUCAUGCAAACAUCCCUUCCGCCGCCAGCUCUGUGUCCCCCGGGCUGACGCCCUUCGCCCUGAAGCCAGACGGGACCCGGGUGCUCCCCAACGUCCUGUCACGCCUCCCGGGUGCAUUGCUACCUCAGGCCCCAGGCUCUGUGCUCUUCCAGAGCCCCUUCUCCACGGUGGCGUUAGACCCGUCCAAGAAAGGGAAAGGGAAGCCACCGAGUGUGUCCCCGGUGGAUGUCAAACCCAAGGACGAGGUCCUCCACAAGCACAAGUGUAAGUACUGUAGCAAGGUUUUUGGGACUGAUAGCUCCUUGCAGAUCCACCUCCGCUCCCACACCGGAGAGAGACCCUUCGUGUGUUCUGUCUGUGGCCACCGGUUCACCACCAAGGGCAACCUCAAGGUGCACUUUCAUCGACAUCCCCAGGUGAAGGCAAACCCCCAGCUGUUUGCCGAGUUCCACGACAAAAUGGCGGCAGGCAAUGGCAUUCCCUAUGCACUCUCUGGUCCUGUCCCCAUAGAUGAAUCCAGCCUCUCUUUAGACAGCAAGCCUGUCCUUGUGACGGGGACCCCCAGUGUAGGGCUACCUCAGAACCUCUCUUCGGGAACUAACCCCAAGGACCUCAUGGGGGGCCCACUGCCCAAUGACCUGCAGCCUGGGCCUUCUCCAGAAAGUGAGGAUGGAUCCAUCCUAUCUGGGGUGGGGCCAAACCAUAACUCCCCGAGGGUUGGUGGCUUCCAAGGGAGUGGGACACCCGAGCCAGGGUCAGAGACUCUGAAAUUGCAGCAGCUGGUGGAGAACAUCGACAAGGCCACCACUGACCCCAACGAAUGUCUCAUUUGCCACCGUGUCUUAAGCUGCCAAAGCUCCCUCAAAAUGCAUUACCGCACCCACACUGGGGAGAGACCGUUCCAGUGUAAAAUCUGUGGUCGAGCUUUUUCCACCAAAGGCAACCUGAAGACGCACCUCGGGGUCCACCGAACCAACACGUCCACAAAGACACAGCAUUCGUGCCCCAUCUGCCAGAAGAAGUUUACCAAUGCAGUCAUGUUACAGCAGCAUAUCCGGAUGCACAUGGGCGGUCAGAUUCCCAACACACCUCUGCCGGAGAAUCCCUGUGACUUUACGGGUCCUGAGCCAAUGAUGGUCAGUGAAAACGGAGGCGCGAGUGCCGUCUGUCACGAUGAUGCUGUUGAAAGCAUCGAUGUAGAUGAAGUCUGUUGUCAGGAUGCCCCCAGUAGCUCCUCGAAGGUCCCCAUGCCUCUUCCCAGCAUCCACUCAGCAUCACCUACUCUGGGGUUGACCGUGAUGGCUUCCCUAGAUGCCCCGGGGAAGGCGGGUCCGGCUCCUCUCAUCCUGCAGCGGCAGAGCAGCCGAGAAAACGGUUCGGUGGAGAGUGAUGGCCUGACCAACGACUCCUCAUCCUCGGUGAUGGGAGACCAGGAGUAUCAGAGCCGAAGUCCAGACGUCCUGGAGACCGCGUCCUUCCAGGCAGUCUCCCCGGCCAAUAGCCAAGCAGAGAGCAGCAAGUCUAAGUCUCCUGAUGCUGGCGGCAAAGCAGACGGCUCCGAGAGCAGCCGCACUGAGAUGGAAGGUCGGAGCAGCAUUCCGUCGACAUUUAUCCGAGCCCAGCCAACCUAUGUGAAAGUUGAAGUUCCUGGUGCGUUUGUGGGUCCUGCAACCAUGUCCCCAGGUAUGACACCUCUGUUAGCGGCCCAGCCCCGCCGACAGGCCAAGCAGCAUGGCUGCACGCGGUGCGGGAAGAACUUCUCGUCCGCCAGUGCUCUUCAGAUCCACGAGCGGACGCACACUGGGGAGAAGCCGUUUGUGUGUAACAUAUGUGGGCGAGCUUUCACCACCAAGGGCAACUUAAAGGUCCAUUAUAUGACGCACGGGGCCAACAAUAGCUCGGCCCGCCGGGGGCGGAAGCUGGCCAUCGAGAACACCAUGGCUCUGUUAGGGACAGACGGGAAGAGGGUCCCCGAGAUGUUUCCCAAGGAAAUCCUGGCCCCUUCGGUGAACGUGGACCCUGUUGUGUGGAACCAGUACACCACCAUGCUCAACGGCGGCCUGGCCAUGAAGACCAACGAGAUCUCCGUGAUCCAGACCGGCGGCGUCUCUCCGCUCCCAGUGUCCCUGGGGGCCGGCUCCGUGGUGAGUAACACCGCGCUCUCCAAGAUGGGUGGCUCCCAGGCCGCCGUCAGUGCUGACGCGGAGAAGCCAGGAGCUGUGGACAGCGUUCCCAAACACCAGUUCCCUCACUUCCUGGAGGAAAACAAGAUCGCGGUCAGCUAAGCUAAAGGAGAACGCACGUCGAUGGAGAAAUGCAGACCAGUGACCUCUCUAGACCUGUCUGUACCUUUUCUGGUUUUUUGUUUUUUAAAGAACCCAUCUCCUCCUGUUUUGUUUUGUUUUUUUUUUAACUGAUGUGCAAAUAAUGUUUACAGUGGUGACCACAACCUCAGGCAAGUCCUACAAUCACGAUAUUGCUAUGCUGCUUUGCAAAAACAGAAACAAACAAAAAGAAAAAUCGAAAAAAAAAUUCAUACUAAAACAAAUACAGAGUAGUAUUUUUUUUUUAAUUUUGGAAAGAAGCGGGUCUUGCAAAGUAGUUUUGUUACUUGCGACAAACUAUACAUAAAACCUUUGUACAACCUAGAGUAACUAUUUCCAAAGACUGUCACCUGUUUCAAGUUGGAAACUGUUAAACCACCAUGAAAAAGACAACGGUUUAGCCUGUUUGGGGGGUGGGGCGGGUGGAGGGCACUGUAUACUUCGGUGACUGUAUGCGGGUAAAUGGACAAGGUCUGUUGUCUGAUUAGGGACCUGUUUUGUAUUCUCCCAACCCUGCACCCAACUUUUUUUUUUUUCCUUUUUUGAAUGUACUUUUUUUUUUUUUUUAAACCAAGGUUGUAGAAUUCCAAAAUGUUUUCAGCCUUGGAACCUUAAGUAGGAUGCUGUCAGGUGGACUUCUUUGAGUCCUUAGAGAGUCAACGUGUUGCUGCUUAUUUAAGUACAGUUCAGUUGGAGCCCCGAGUGCCAAUGUCCUCCCUGAGCUUUCCAGAUGCCUUCUUCUUCCUAAAAUCAGGAGAGGUGAACACCUGUGCGGGGGAAUCUCAGGUGACUUGAUCGAGUUCGCCAGUGCCUACUCUGUCAAAGAGCUGGGUGUUCAUUCUUGAAACAAACCCACGGAAGGGCGUGUUUUCUUAUUAUAUGCUAAUAACUUCUUAAGCUAAUUUUUACCAAAAUUUCUUUGAUUGCAACUCAUGCCAAGUAAUUAUGAAGUUUGUUUUUUUCCCCCUUCGGAGUAUUGAUUGCAUGAAGGCUACCAAGUUGGAGCAGGCAAGUCCUGGAUGUGAAAGCUUUAAUUUAUCUACCUCAUUUAUUUGUUAUUUUUGUAGCUAGAGUCUCUGUUUCCCUAUUUGAUGACCGCUGAAGUGUUCCUAGGCCCUGUCUUAAAACCUAAGAGUUGAUGUAUUGGUGGGAGCAGCUGGACAUUCAAGGUGUUUUUUGUGAUUUCUUUUUUUUUUCCUUAAUCCCCUUUUUGUAUCUGUCAGAUGGAGCAGACCACGGAGCGUUAGUCUUAACGAUUUAACGAGGAAGGAGAGAGGCCCACGUGUCUGGGUGGAGAAGUCUUUGCCCCUCUAUGUGGAAAAGUGGGUGGACUCCUAUCAAAAGUUUGUCUCUUGGUAAUUGCACCUGACUUUAGGAUCCAAAAAAGAAAUUUUUUUUUUUUUUUUGCCAAGUUGUGCCUUUCCUUCUGGAAUUGUAAGUGAACACAAUAAUAGUACCUGUUUACACUGUGAAGUGGAUAUUGUUACAGAAAACACACCAGAGGCUUUCUCACUUGUCAAGCUAAUAAUGCCUUGUGAAUGUAUGAUCUACGGAGAAACCCCUGUAGUUUUACCUGCUGAUGCUGUCUGUCUGUUGGAGAAUAAAUUUUGGAUGGUUCUUUUUUUCCCCA